GGGAGGGGAAUGGAUCUUUUCUGUGUGAGCCGCUGAGCCUCUCUCAGCCUGCUCCUUGCCACCUGUCCUUGACUUACUCUGGAUAUACGAGGCUGAGAGAAAGAGAGAGAGAGCGAGAGAGUGAGAGAAACGUUCUGUGCACCCUUCCGCUGGCACCGCUCUGUCUGUGUUUGUCUGUGAGCUGCAGUGUUUUAUCUCUUCCCUUCUCCCUGGCUCUCUUUCUUUGCCUUUGGUGCCUCGGUGGAGUGGCGGGGAGAAGAGCGUCUGUCCUCGGCCGGCGGAGCUCCGAUGGGAGGCAUUGCUGCCCCUGGUUGGGACUGGGGAUGCUGAACGAGGGGAGGGAGGGCCUGUUUGAGCUGGGACAGCAGCUCCAGCAGCAGGGGGAGUACCAGGCUGCCCUCCACUGUUUCCUCAGCUGCCUGUUGGGACUGACCCAUGUACAGAGUUUCACCUCUCUGCCCAACUGUCUACACCAGAUCGCUGAACUCUUCAUCACUGAAAAGAAUUAUGGGAAGGCCCUUCAGUUCAUUCAGGCCGAGAAAAUGUUCUAUGAGGUGGCACUGAUCGAGCUCACCGCUCUUCAGGGGAGCGCAGGGCCUCAGGAGGAGGCUAUGUUGGGCUCGGCGGGGUGGGCUACCCCAGAGGAGCUGUCGGAGCAGGCCUCCCAGGCUCAGCACCUCGAACGGCUGGCCCAACUCUGCAUUAUGAGCAAGCGACCUCACCUUGCUUUAGAGUACAGUGGAAAGGCCACUAAGAUCCACCAGAGGGCCUUUGGUAAUGACCAUCCAAUAACAGCCAGGAGCCUGGAGCUCUUGGCCACCGUUUACGCUGAGAUUGGCAAGACUGAAUAUUCAGACUCCCUGGGUCAGUGUGUCUCCGCGCUGUCCAAAAGGUUCGCCACUGCUGAAUCCUUCAGAGACACUGUCGAAUGUCUUCCUCGUUCCCAUCGGGAGAAACGCUCAGAGGUCCGCCACAGAAAGGACAACCACCACCACCACCAACAGGAGGACACAGCAAAACCUAAAGUCACCAGUUAUAAAGUCCCCACCUCGAUACUGAAGAGGCCAAGCCCCACUUACAGGUCAGACACAGAAUUCGCUCAUAGGCGGAAAGCGGAGAGGCGGGUCCGAUUCAGGGAGCCAGAGACCACAGUACAUGACAUUCCACACUGUGACAGUUUAUUUGCAUAUGAGACGACACCGGCCCGCCCCAACCUCGCUCUGUUCACCUGUCUUUUCCUGCUGAUGUCAUUCCUGGGUGUGGCCAUGUACUGCACAGACCGCCGGCGCCCACAGCGAGUGUGUGAGGAGCUAGAGGCCUCGCUGGCUGUCUACCUGCUUCACAUGAAACAACUUCUCUGGGGUUGCUGGAUAUGGCUAACCAAGCAAUGACUGAUACCGACCACUGGAGGAGAUAUAGCCCAUUAUUUAAGAGUUUCAACCUCCCCCCUUUAUUAUCCUUGAAGGUCUGCAGGCCUCUAAACACCUCAGCCAUUUGGCAGACACUCAUACACUAUGGUGUUGAUAUGAACUGCUAUCACAGUGAUACAGAAGGAAAUGUGUAAUCCCAGAAAUAUGUAGCCUCCAUACCUGUAUGUAUAUGUACUGUACCUAUGUGCUGGGUAUGCUACACCUGUUGUUCUAAGUUGUAAUAACAUUUUGCACAUCUCAAUGUUGACGCUCACAUGUUAUGCUUACUUAAUCUCAACAAUAAUUUUGACUUUUUAAGUUCUAGACACAAUCUAUUGUAUGCAAGUCAACGUUUCCGUGGAAUGCAAAUAUUUAUUUUGUUACUGUACUACAUCCUUUUGUGUACUUCAAAUAUGACAAAGAACUGAAUGUGUAUAUAUGGGUCAGUAUACUAAGGUCUAUCACAAUACUCAGCCUUGUAAAUGCACAUACAUUAAUGUGGCGAUAUCUGGAAAUGGCUUCGAAGUGGCACAGAACACUUUUGAGCCGGCGGUUGGAAGCACAAAUGGGAAAAGCCAUUGACGAGGUUCUAUGAGAAAGUUUCACAGGGCUGCAACACUUCACCGUGCCAGGUCAAAUGACAAAAGUGAAGUAAAAAUACAUACUGUAUGUUUUUCCUUCACUUUAUAUUUAGAUGUCUGUUAUUCAGACUUUAUACUAUAUAGUCCUUCAUAUGUCUGACCAGCUUUUGUCAAAUAUAAGGUUGAUUACUAGUAGGACACGUGAGUAAAUAUGCAGCACAAUAUUAUGAGCUCUCUCUAUCUAUUGUCCAAAAAAUAUACUCCAACUGAACGAAUGCUAGUGCUUUUGACAGUGCUCCUCUUUGUAAGUGCUUAAAUGCCACAAACGAUUUCCUUUCUUGGAAAGGUUACUUCUUCUUCUAUACUGUAUGAAUCAGCGCAAAUACCCAACUGUACAUUAUUUUAACCUUGUUACAGUUUUUGUUACCUGUUAUAUUUUCUAUUUUCAAAAACUUUCAAUAUUCAGGUUUUACUCUUGAUGUCAAAUGCUCAUCAGCUUCAGACAGUUUGGCGAGGGAGGGCGAUUUGACUUCAGAAAUAUUUAACGGUACACAAGGAGAGCUUGGAUCUACUAUUCAGGUGAGGUUCAUCGGUAUGAGGCCAAACACAAACAUGUAAUGGAACCAGUCAUCUCAUCACUGUGAGUUCCUUUAUAAUGAAAACAUAAAUCAGAUUCAAAUAGCAACACCACCAUAAAAAUGCGUUAGGAAUCUAAGGGCAUAGUGAUGCACAUCACACAGAUCUCUCAAUUUAAGCAAUAACACACAUAGUUUCUAGUGAAACGUUAACCUUUACACAACAGAUUUCAGGGAACACACUGAGAGGUGUCAGAAUUUCAAGGUCUUGCAUUUGUACGCCAGAGUUAUAUAAUACUGAUAUUGCCUGAAUACAAGAAAGAAAUACUCUGUACUGUCCUGAACUGUCAUUAGCAAUAAACUAAUAACACCCAGUGAAACCAUGUUCUGCUUAUG